CAACAAACGUGGACUACUUUUACAAGAUAAAGCUUGAUAGCAGAAAGAGGGUUUGUCUAAAUAUCACCGAUUUAGAGCUUCAAAAAGAAAACGAUAAUACACCAUGUAAAGAUGACAAUAGAGACUAUAUCAAGAUUUUGGACGGUUUGGAUUCGUGGUCAAAUCCUCUUUAAAAUCUGCUCGAUGAAAGAUAUUACAAGGACCAUAAAGUCGACCAAUAGCAAACUCAGUUUGAGGUUCUUCAGCGAUGACAGCGAGACUUUCAGAGGUUUCAAUGCAAUAUAUUGGCCUUGUGAAGAUUCCACGGAAACCCGUAAAACAAACCAGGUCACUGGAGUGGUGAUUGCAACUGGAUGUGGUCUCGUCUUCUUUUGUCUGACGUUCUUAGCUCUAUGCCACUCACGAAGAUGUAGAUUACGUUGUUUGCAAACUAAAGUCCGCAGGUAUUCUGAUCAAGCAGAUGUUGUGGAGGAAGAAGGCCCCGCUACAUACAGUGAAGUGAUGGCUUCGCCUGACAAGUAUCCAAAGACUACAGAUUCAACGAGUAUCGAUGAAGAGCUUCCACCUUAUCCAGGAUUAUCCCAGAGUGAUAAUAUGAUACCCGAGACAUCCCAGCAAUCCCUCGAUGACGCUGGGUACAUCUCAGAAAGGGAAGAAGACGCCAUGGAAAAUUUUAUAAAUGAUGUAAUCGAAAGCGGCGAUGGUGAAAUUCCUCGCAAUGAUUCAACGGUAAUGUCCGAGAUGACAACUUAUGAAAAUGGACGAGAGAUGUCAGAGAAUAACAACGUCGAUGUCGGCGUCGACGAAGCAGAAGAGCAAAAUGUCACUGUUGACUCGGAGCUUGAAAGCUAUAAUUUGAUGGACUAUGGAGAGAAAAAGGAUGAAAAGACCGCUGAAGAAAUGGUCGAAAAUGCCGAGUUUAUGGAUGAAGAUAAAAGCGUAUGGAAUGCGUCAGAAACGCAAGAUUUUCAACAUCCAAAAUCAAUGAACACUGUUGUUCAAAGUCGGGAAUAGUUGCCUUCAACGGUAGCGAAGCUGUUUCAUUUAAGUCAAAUAAUUGUAAUGUGCUACGUAGAAAGUUUGCCAGUGUAAAGUGUGUAGAUUUAACGCAAUCAUGAGCAAGUAUAUUAAAUAAUUCAUAAAACAUAAAUUUUAAUAUAAAAGCGAA